UUAGAUAAAGAAAUCUGAAAAAUAAAUAUCCAUAACGCAACGGAAAUUAUAAAUAUGUAAUAUCCGUUGUGUAUUACGGAAUUUCAAAAAAAUCAACGUGUUUUGAAUUCGAGAUAUAUUUUUAAAUCCUGAGAUUUUCGAAAUCGAAAGCCGUUUUUCGCUUUUUGCUUCCGGAAAAAAAUCAAAAGAAUUCGUAACGGCUAAAUUUUUUACGUUUCGUCUCAUUUUCGCUCCUAGUUCAGUUUGGUGCAUUUAAUUUUAACCCAUAUUAAAAUAUAUUAAUUUAUAUUCAAAAUCUAAAAGUAUUAUUUUUUAUUUAUUUAUUUUGAUAGGCAAUUCAAAAUCUAAAAAUCACUAUACAUUAAAUUAGUCCAAACUCCAAAUAAUAUUAGGAGUGCACUACAAUAGAAUUUUUGGACAAAUAAUUUUCCAAAUUUGUGAUUUAGAUAGAGAUGACGGGCCAAAAUAGACGUAGGCAUCUGACGUGUACAUUCCACGUGUCUCCACAGGAAUUAAGCUAUGCCAGCGAGAAAAUUUACUCCCCUUAAUUACAAUUAUGCCCACGAAUCUAUUAUCAAAUUCCAUUUUCCCCCUACCUUUAUAAACGCGGCUCCCCACUUUCCACACCGUCUCUUCAUUACCAGACACACACCACACUCCUCUCUUUCUCUCUCUAAAUUAUCUUUUUCUCUCUCCACCAAUAACCGCCGGAAAGUAAAAUUCUCCGACGAGUAAUUUACCGGAGGAAAUAUAAAAUCGCCGAUGAUAUCUCGAACAACAGCUAACACCAUGUCUUUGUUCAAGGUUGUGCUUCUAUCCACCAGCGUUCUAUCAGCUGCAAUUAUGCUGGCAAUCACAGAUUUCCAUGCUUAUGUACCUUCGAUCUACAACGGCGUCGUUUCGUGGCUCAGGCCUCCGUAUCUGUACCUCGUCAUCAACUGCAUCGUCAUCACCAUCGUCGUUUCCUCCAAACUCCAGUCGAAGAAGGAUGACGUGUCGCCGUCGCCAGACUCGCUGACGCCUGCGCUGGUCACCAUGGGUUUCGCGCCGCCGCAGCCGGUCGCGGCGGCGCUGGCUGUUAAAACCACUCAACCGGAAUACAAGUACAACAACGGCGUCGUUUUGGACGAUUCCAGCGUCGGUUACGGAGUACUGAAUGCGGAGAAAGGAUUGGGGUUCGAUGCGUACGAGCGCGUGGAUGCAAUUGCGGGGAGCACAAAAUUAUACGAGCAGGCGCCGUUCAUUGUUAGCGCCGAGGAGGCGACGAGCAAUAAGGAGAACGAGUAUGUUACUGCCAAGUCUAAAUUGACCGCCGAGAACAAAGGUGCAACGGAAAAAUCCCCUUCCGUGAAGCCGCCGGUUUCGGCGAGGUUCGGUCACCGGAGGAAUGUGAAAACCAGUCCAGAAGGUGGCAGAACGGUGCUUGGGGUUUCGAAACCGAAGAAGCAAGACACGCUGGAGAGCACGUGGAAGACAAUAACGGAGGGGCGUGCAGUCCCGAUAACCAGGCACCUGAGAAAAUCCGACACGUGGGAGCGCGACGGCCACCACCACCACCACCACCGCCGCCAGCCGGAGAAGACGAUGACUAAAGCAGAGACCUUCAACGACCGGACCAACACGUCAUCUCCGGGUAGCAGCGACGGCGGCGGAUCGGGGAAACUGAGGAGGGAAGCGUCGCUGGGGCAGGACGAGUUGAACCGGCGAGUGGAAGCGUUCAUAAAGAAAUUCAACGAGGAUAUGAGGCUUCAGCGGCAGGAAUCGCUUAACCAGUACAUGCAAAUGAUCAACCGCGGCUCUCACUAGAUCAGCUAUAUAUAUAGCACUCUCAGCUAUACAUAGUUUACAUACUGUUUGUGAAAUUGUGCUAAAUUUUGGGGGUUGGGUUAAUAUAGAAUUUGAUUCUGUGCUUGAUUAUGGACGAAAAUGGGGGAAGGGGGUAGCAAGUAAUAAACCUAGGAAGUUCAUACUAUUAAUUUAUGGCAUUUUUUGGUUCGUUUUCUUUUUUGUGAUUUAUAGUUAUGUAAUCUUUGUAUUGAACAAUAUUCUUCAUAGGAUUGUGCAAUAAUAGGGACUACAGACUGAUGUUCGACUCGUUAUCAU